ACAUGCUUCACUGGCACCCAGCGCGCUGAGAGUCGCUGAGAAUACAUCAUAGUCAUAGUAUCCGCCAUGGCGACGGCAGGUGAAGGCUUUAUGCCGGUGCGGCAUUUCGUUGAUCUCCAGCCCGAACCUGACACGACACUGCUGGGUCAGGGCUUCAUCCCACCAGACUUCAAUACGGGACGACUUCGGAUGCUUCUGGCACGAUUGGCCAAGCAGACCGAGUCCAUGGAGAAGGCGGCCAACUGGGGUGAGAAGGCUUUGGUCACUACUGGGGCAUCUGCGGAACAGGCAGCACGCCAUGCUGAUCGGGCAUUUCGAUUGCCAAUGGCAGAGCCAGGCUCUGAAGCCAUGGGCGACUUUGAGGGCUUCUUCCCGCCCAGGUGGUGGGCCCUCUGGGGCCGAAAAGCUCUGGGCAGCACUGAUGCGCUUUUGCCAGCACUUUGUGUGUCGCACAACGAUGUGGUCACCGGGCGCAGGAUUGAGCACCGGCGAGGUACUUUCCUUUGAUCCUCUGCUGGGUCACCUGGACGCUGUGAGUGAAAGCCGAAAGGCAACGAUCUGAGUUUUGAAAUAGGCGCACCUUGGGCCGCAGAGCGGAGUCUGAUCACGGC